AUGACCUCUUGCACGGCGAACAGCGUGUACGAGACGCUCCUGUCGAAGAUCGAUAACGACCAGAUCCCCAAGGAGUACGGAGGGGCGUCCGAGUACGCGCUUGGGGAACACCCUUACGAGGGUGACACGAGGUUUGUACGCUACAUGCGAGGCUGGAUCGCAGAGGGGGGAGCUUUGGAACGGUUUCGGCCUGUGCUAUGA